AUGGCACGGCCUCCCGGGCUCUGCCUGCUGGUCCUGCUGGGGCUGGGGACGGGGACGGGGGGCUCACCCGCCUGCUGGGACCCCCGGGGCCAGCCCCGCCGCUGCAUGCCCGUCUUUGAGAACGCCGCCUUCGGCCGUGCCGCCCAGGCCACCAACACGUGCGGUUCCCCCCCCGAGGACUACUGCCAGCAGAUGGGUGCCCGCCAUGCCAGCGCCCUGUGCCACCGCUGCGAUGCCACCGACCCCCGGCUCCACCACAACGCCUCCUUCCUCACCGACUUCCACAGCCAGGAGGAGAGCACUUGGUGGCAGAGCCAGUCCAUGGCCUUUGGCAUCCAGCACCCCAACUCCGUCAACAUCACCCUCCACCUGGGCAAAGCCUACGAGAUCACCUACGUGCGGUUGAAGUUUCACACCAGCCGCCCUGAGAGUUUCGCCAUCUACAAGCGCAGCCACGCCGAGGGGCCCUGGGUGCCCUUCCAGUACUACAGCGCGUCCUGCGAGAAGACCUACGGGAAGCGGCAGCGGCACUACCUGCGGCCGGGGGAGGACGAGCAAGUGGCCUUCUGCACCGACGAAUUCAGUGACAUCUCCCCGUUGAGCGGGGGCAACGUCGCCUUCUCCACCCUCGAGGGACGGCCCAGCGCCUACAAUUUUGACGGGAGCCCCGCGCUGCAGGAGUGGGUGACUGUCACCGACCUGCUCAUCUCCUUGAACCGGCUCAACACGUUCGGGGACGACAUCUUCAAGGACCCCAAAGUGCUGCAGUCGUACUACUACGCUAUCUCUGACUUCUCCGUCGGCGGCAGCCUGGGCACCGUCCCGCUGCCGGCUGGGGCCCGCGCCACCGCCGAGGCUGCCAACGAGUGUCUCCCUUGCAACUGCAGCGGCCGCUCAGAGGAGUUUUUUUCCCGGGCGUCCUCCCGCCCGCGCGGCCCCGGGGGCCCCUGGCGCAACUGCCGCGACAACACGGCCGGUCCCCACUGCGAGCGUUGCCAACAGAACCACUAUCGCUGGGAGCAGCAGGCAGCCUGCCAGCCCUGCCACUGCCACCCCGCAGGUUCUCUGCAGCCCCAGUGUGACAGUUCGGGGACAUGCCUCUGCAAAGCCAAUGUGACGGGCUGGAAGUGCGAGCGCUGUAAGGAUGGCUACCACAGCCUCAGCGAAGGGGGCUGCAGACCCUGCGCCUGCGACCCCGCGGGCAGCGUGGGCAUCUGUGACCCCAACACGGGGCAUUGCACCUGCAAGGAGAGGGUGGAGGGGCACUUGUGCAACAGGUGCCAGCCAGGCUGGUUUAACCUGCAGCCCCACAACCCUGCUGGCUGCCCCAGCUGCUUCUGCUACGGCCACUCCACCGCCUGCACGGCAGCAGAUGGCUACGAGGUGACCCACGUCCGCUCCGACUUCAGCCAAGGGCUGGAGGGAUGGGCUGCCGCUGCUCCGGGCACCGUGGACCUGCCUCUGCGCUGCGCUGACGGGGAGAUCGUCACCGAAUGGGAUGGAGAGGAGACAGUGGAUUUUCUUGCACCAGAGAAGUUUCUGCAGAACCAGCGCCUCAGUUACGGGCAGCUCUUGUCCCUGCUGCUGGGAGCAGAUGGGAACGGGACGGGGAUGGAGACUGGGGUGCCCCCGCUCCGGGUCCAGCUGGUGCUGGAGGGUGAGGGGAUGGAGAUCACCAUGUCCAGCAGCGAGAGCCAGCCCCAGCGCGGAAAGCUGGCUGUCACCUUCAGGCUGCACGAGGCAGAGGAGGGUGCAGAACCUCUGCUGUCGGCCUUCAGCUUCCAGCGCCUGCUCUCCAACCUGACCGCCCUCCGCCUCCGUGUGAGCCAUGGCUCCAUGCAAGGCAGGCUGUCCCUGAGCAAGGUCCAGCUCACGUCCGCUCGCCCCGGGCCGGGGGCACGGGCGGGCUGGGUGGAGGAGUGCACAUGUCCCCCGGGCUACGCCGGGCAGUUCUGCCAGUCCUGCGCGCCCGGCUUCAAGCGGGAGAUCCCCUUUGGUGGCCCCUUCGUCAGCUGCGUGCCCUGCGCCUGCAACCAGCACGGGGACUGCCACCCCCUCACAGGACACUGCCAGUGCUUGCACAAUACAGAAGGUCCCUCCUGCGAGCGCUGCAGCCCCGGGUUUUACGGCAACCCCUUUGUAGGGCGCUUCGAUGACUGCAAGCCGUGCCCCUGCCCCGGCCGCUCGCCCUGCACCGAGAUGCCCGGCAGCGGGGAGGUGGUCUGCACCCACUGCCCCCCGGGGCAGAGAGGAAAACGCUGUGAGCUCUGCGACGAUGGGUUUUUCGGGGACCCCUUGGGGCAGAGGGGCCCCGUGCAUCCCUGCAUCCCCUGCCAGUGUCACGGGAACGUGGAUCUCAACGCCGUGGGAAACUGCGACCCCGUGUCCGGCCGGUGCCUGCGCUGCCUCUACAACACAACGGGCGAGCACUGCGAGAGGUGUCGGCCGGGCUUCUACGGGGACGCUCGGGCUCCUGAACCCGCUGGGAAGUGUGCACCUUGUGAUUGCAACCCCGACGGCUCAGCCCCGGGGCAGGAGGGCUGCGAUCCCGGCACGGGCCAGUGCCACUGCCUCCCACACGUGAUGGGCAGAGCCUGCGGGCUCUGCCAGCCCGGCUACUACGGCCUGCAGCCUGCCGUGGGGUGCAGGAGCUGUGAGUGCCACCCAACGGGGUCACAGGAGAGUGGGUGCCACGCGCUGACGGGGCAGUGCUCCCGUGCCAGCAAGGCCAGCCGGGCCACCGGCUGCUCCGGCGAUGGACUCCCCAAGACUUGCAUCCUGCUGUCGGAGAUCGGGACCACGCUGCAGUCGGCACAGCGGGAGAUCCUGCACGCUGCGGACACCCUGGCUACCACGGAGAUUCCCCAGGAAAUCCCUCAGCAGCCCACAAACUGGAGCCGCUGGGCACUGGAGGCACGGGCACUGGCUGAGAGCCACAAGGACACCAUGGUGCAGGUGGAGGCAGCGGUCGGGAGAGCCCUGCGUGCCUCCAACGCCAGCUCCCAGCUCCUGCGGAGUCUACUGGAGGGGAAUGCGACGCGGGAUGCGCAGCGUGAGCUGGAGACAGGGUACGAGGAAAUCCAGCGGGCGCGGGAGGAGCUGGGCACUGGCGUGGCAGAGGUGGCAGCGGAGGCCAGGAGAGCUUUCGCAGUCGUGCAGCAGGCAAACGCAGACAUGGCCGAGAAACUUCUGCAGGUGGCUGCACUGGGGCAGCAGGCGCUGCCGGUGCAGGCGGGGGGGGCGGGGCACGAGCAGGCAGCAGAGGCGCAGGAGCCGUCAGCUCGGCAGGCUGUCGACGCGUCCCGUGCUCUGGCAGCCGGAUUGCGCCAGGAGCUGCAGAGGACUCGCGGUUUCGAGCAGCUGCGGGACCGGGCUGGCUCUGCCCAUGGCACGGCCACCUCAGCCGUCUCACAUGGAAAAACCGUGCUCUCCGACGCAGAGUCCCUCCUGGCCAGCUUGGAAGGCAUGAAGAAGGUGCUGGGGCAUCGGAAGGGCCAGACUGCCCUGAGCAGGAGGAUGGCACUUGUGCGGGACCGGGUGAUGGUGGAGGCCCAGAGGAAGAUUAAACAGGCAGAGAAAACACUGGGAAACUCCUUGUCCAUCUCCACCGCAGCCCGGAGGAUGGCUGGAGAGGCUGAGCAAGUCUCUGGGGAGAGCGCCAAGAGGGCACAGGCUGUGCUGCAGGAGAGUAAGCAGGUCCGCAAGCAUGCCCGCCAGCUCGCCUCACGUGCCAACGAGACCCAGCGGCAGCUCUCCCGGCAGGAGCACGUGGCUGAGAAGCUCAGGGGGGACCUGGAGGACGCACACCAGGUGGGGACAGAAGUGAGUGAGAUGGCAAAAAGUCUCCAGGAAGCCCGGGGCUCGCUCAUCUCGGACAUUGAGACCCUGAACGACCUGCUGAGCAGCCUAGGCAACCUGGAGCAGGAUGUGCAGGCGGAGGCGGUGCUGAGCGCCGGGCGGCUNNGGGUGGAGCGGCUGUGGCUGCGCCUGGCCACACCGGGUGCCCUGGCCGGCCAGCUCAGCCUGCUGCAGCAAGAGGCAGCACGGCAGCAGGAGAAGAUCCAGGCAUUUGAGAGCGACUUGGCCGAGAUCCGGGCUGACAAGCAGAAUCUGGAGGACAUUUUGCGAAGCCUCCCUGAGGGCUGCUCGAAGUGA